AUGAUAAAGAUAAGAGAACUUAGAAUAUAAUGUUCUAUCUAAGGACAUGAUAGUGUUGAAUUAGCUUGUAUGAAUUAAUCCUGUAAGGCCAAUAGAGUUUAUUGUUAUUAAUGUCUUAGGAAUGGAGAUCAUGUUCCUCAUAUAAAGGAUUAAAAGAAUUUAAAUGAACUCAUCGAUUUUUUUAAUACAAUUGAGCAAGAUAGUGAUAGUUUAAUAUUAAAAUUAUGUAUGAUGGUUGGAGAAAUAAAUGAACUAUUCUCUUAAUUAAUUGUGGGACUAAAAAAAAAAUAUCAAAGCCUUAAAGAAAGGAUUUUCUAAUUUAAUGCAAUAUAAUUGAAUUAAGCUAUAGAUUAAGUGGUCAAUUAUGAUGAAAUUCAAAUAGGUUUAUUAGAAGACAUAAAGAAAUGCUCAGAUGAUCUGAUCAUGGAAUUAAAAAGAAAAAUAACAGAAUUAAAACUAGAAGAAUUAAAUUAUUCUCAAUUGAAUUAAUAAGAACUAGAUAAAGUAGAAGAAUUAUAUUAAGAAGGUAAUAGAUGACUUAUUUAGGAUUUAAAUUAUAUUAUGAUUAAAAUAAAUUUUAAGAAGCAAUUAAAUUAUUCGAUGCUACAAUAUUAAUUAAUCCGUAUCAUGUCAAUUCAUUAAGUAUAAAAUGUAUGAAAAAAUAUCAAAAUUUAUUAGCUAAAUGUUUAUGCAGCCUUAAAAACUAUUAAGAGGCAAUAGUAUGGGCUGAUAAAGCGUUAUCUAUAGAUUCAAGGAAUCUUAAUUCAUUAACUACAAAAAGUAUAACAAUUAAGAUAAAUAUUAGAUUAAUGUUUAAGAAUGAUGUCAAAUUAUUAAGAAGCAAUUAUAUGGGUCGAUAAAACUUUGCUUAUAAAUUUUAGGCAUGUAAAUUCAUUAAGUACAAAAGGUGUAUACAUCUUAUAUAAAUAUAUUAGCUGAAUGCUUAAGAAUGCUUGGUCAAUACAAAGAUGCUAUCAUAUGGGCUGAUAAAACUUUGACUUUAGAUUCAAAGAAUGUAAGUUCUUUAAAUACAAAAGGUAUGUGCAUCUUAUAUAUAAAGCUGAAUGCUUAAGAAUGCUUGGUGAAUAUAAAGAUGCUAUUAUAUGGGCUGAUAAAACUUUGACAAUAGAUUCUAAGAAUGUAAGUUCUUUAAAGACAAAAAGUAUGUAAACUUAAUAAAUCUAUUAGCUGAAUGCUUAAAAAUGCUUGGUGAAUACAAAGAUGCUAUUAUAUGGGCUGAUAAAGCUUUGACUUUAGAUUCACAGAAUGUAAGUUCAUUAAGUACAAAAGGUAUGUGCAUCUUAUAUUUUAAUAUAUUAGCUGUAUGUUUAAGAAGGCUUGGUAAUCAUAAAGAUGCUAUUAUAUGGGCUGAUAAAGCGUUAUCUUUAGAUUAAAAUGAUGUCAAUUCAUUAUAUACAAAAGGUUAUUUAAUAUUUUUAGAAUAGGGCAAUCAUUAAGAAGGUUAAGUAAAUUUGAAGAGGCUCUUUAGAGUUUUAAUUAAGUAUUGAAUUUUAAUCCAUAUCAUGAUUAAUCUCUAGCUGAAAAAGGUUUAAAUAUUAUAAUUAUUUAUAGGAGCCUGCUUACAAUCUUAACAUAAAUAUUCAGAUGCCAUAACUUAUUAUAAUUAGGCUAUUUUAAUUAAUCCAAAUUUUUAAUCAGCAAAAAAUUAUAGAGGUAAUUUUCAUUAAUUUAAAUAGCUUAAUGUGAGAAACUACUCAUGUCAAAAUAAUAAAUUAAAUGA